ACCAGGACCUCCAGGACCAAAAGGGGAAAAGGGGGAAGCAGGAGACAUUGGCCCACGGAUGGUUUUUCCCCACCUCAAUCAUGGAUUUCUGGCUAAUGAUCAGCUUGUCUAUAGCCGGCGAGUGCUCAAGGGUGAUCAAGGUCGAGAUGGAGCCACGGGCCCCCCUGGUCCGCCAGGACCCCCAGGUGCCCGGGGGCCUCCUGGUGACACGGGAAAGGAUGGCCCACGAGGACCUCCAGGCCCCCCUGGUUUCAAAGGGGAGCCGGGAGAGGAUGGAGUCAUGGGUGCCAGAGGACCUCCAGGACCAAAGGGUGAACCUGGUGUCCAAGGGAAAAAGGGUGAUGAUGGGAUCCCUGGGGAGCCAGGACUCGUGGGCCCUAAGGGAGAAAAAGGAAGUGUGGGUCCAAGGGGAGAGAACGGCACAGAUGGCUUCCCAGGACUAAAGGGUGAACCUGGUGAGAAGGGAGGAAUUGGCUCCAUUGGACCCCGGGGUCCCCCUGGGCUGAAAGGGGAGCAGGGAGACACGGUGGUAAUCGACUACGACGGCCGAAUCCUGGAUGCGCUCAAGGCUGCAGGGAUACACAAAGUGCUGGGUCCACCAGGUCCCCCAGGACCACCAGGCCCCCAAGGCACUCCAGGUUCCAAGGGAGAGCUGGGCUUGCCAGGUCCACCUGGGAUGGACGGUGAAAAGGGUCCCAAAGGAGCAAAGGGUGACCAGGGCAGCAUGGGGAUCAUGGGGCAGAAAGGAGAGACAGGAGAAAUGGGCUCAGCAGGUCCCCCGGGAGCAGAAGGGCCAAAAGGAGACAAAGGAGAAAAAGGAGACACUGGGUCACCAUGUCUACAGAAUAAUCAUAUCAUACCUGAGCCUGGACCCCCUGGAUUACCUGGCCCUAUGGGUCCUCCAGGAAUCCAAGGGCCUAAAGGUUUGGAUGGUGCAAAGGGAGAAAAAGGUGACAGUGGUGAGAAGGGGGACCAAGGUGACACUGGACCUGCUGGUCUCCCGGGUGCUCCAGGGCUCAUUGGUUUACCUGGUACCAAAGGAGAAAAGGGAAAGCCAGGGGAGCCAGGAUUGGAUGGUUUCCCUGGUCUCAGAGGAGAGAAAGGAGAGAGAAGUGAAAGAGGGGAGAAGGGUGAACGAGGAAUUCCAGGGAGAAAAGGGGCCAAAGGACAGAAGGGGGAACCAGGCCCUCCCGGACUGGAUCAGCCUUGUCCUGUGUCAGGAACAAUGGACCUCAGUGGAGCUCUUCAGGAGAGUGUGAAGCUGCCGGCCUGGCUUCUGAGCAUGUUUGAAAUCAGGGAGUAA